AUGUCUGAUCGCAACGAAGAAACUGUCCUCGCCAGGUCUUACGUCGACCCUAGUGCACCCUUCACCGAAGGCCCCCCGGACCCCUCGAACCCCUUCUUUUCAUCCAUCAUCCGGGGUACACAGAAAUCACUAUACUGGAGCUAUAACCCGCAAACGGAAAGCUACACGAUCAAAAUUCCAGCUCUCAUAGGGCCCGAGGGAUCUCGAGGAACAUUCAACUAUCUCGAAGGCGAGUCGAAGGCUGCUCACAGUACCCUUCUCGACGAGGAGUGGCGCUCUCGAGUGACUUGGGCCAAUGGAAGGAGCUUGAAGGAAGAGGUAGAAAUACGCUUCCCUUUUUUGACUGAGAGACAGACGGACGCUUUUAUGUUUGACGUAGAGACCAGACUAGCCGCUCUGAAACAUAUCGUCAUCAAUUCUCCGACUCAUCCCAUGGGGGCUGAAGGCAUCAGCAACUCAAAGGAAUGA